AUGUAUAUAUUAAAGAGAGGUCGCAGGUUCGAGUCGUAUCGAGACAUCAGGUACGCGGAGCCGCCCGUGGGGGAGUUACGGUUCCAGCCUCCAGUAGCUAUCACUCAGUACGGACCCGCAUGUCCUCACAGGACCCGCGCCGGGUCAUACGUCAGUGAGGCUUGUCUCAGGAUCAACGUGUACACUCCGCUUAGAGAGGACAGAAGCGGGCCCCUGGCCGUGGUGGUGUACAUUCACGCGGGAGGUCUGUACUCCAUGACCUCACGUGUUGUUGGACAGAGACCUGCCGCUCGUACUGUAGUAGAAUCACAAGAAAGAAUACGCGAACUCAUCCACGUGGAGCCUGUCAUCACUUUAAGUCUGCCUCCUGGUCUAAUAUUCUUGAACAUUGGAACAGAGUCAGAACAGGCUCGCGUGUGA